CACGGACACUCCUCUGCCUGGUGCCAAGGGGUUAAGCUCACAGUGAGUUCCCAAAGCCAGUUGCUUCCAACUGGCUGCUGCCUGCGGUUUGUGGGAAGGGAUUUUGCUUUUUAAUAACAUUAUAAAUAGGGCUGUGUUCAGCAUGCUGCAAACCCAGUUUCUCUCUCUCCCACCCAUCUCCCUCCUCCUCCUCCUGCUGCUUCUCUUCCCACCACACUAAUUCCAGAUCUGACCAUGAAUCGGUCAGGCUUCUUCCUCAGUGUCCUCAGCCUACUGGCAUGUCUUGCCUCCAUCACGCAGGCAUGUCCCCCGAGCUGCCACUGUCACGGUGGAGACCUGCAGCACGUCAUCUGCGACAACGCGGGGUUGCAGAAGAUCCCCAAGGUGCCCGAGCAAACGCGGCUUCUCAACCUGCAAAAGAACAACUUCCCGGUCCUGCCAACCAACGGCUUCCGUGACAUGAAAAAGCUGGUGUCUCUGCACCUCCAGAGCUCACGGAUCAAGGAGAUCUCAACUGGAGCCUUCCGGGGGCUCAAGAGCCUGGUCUACCUCUAUCUCACUGACAACCAGAUCAGUGUCAUAAAGCCAGGAGCCUUCGAUGACCUCUCUGAGCUCACCUACCUGUACCUGGACCAGAACAAGAUCCCAGACCUACCCAAAGGGCUCCUCUCUCCUCUUGUCAACCUCUUCAUCCUGCACUUAGGCAGCAAUAAAAUCCAGGAGCUGAAACCGGGGGUCUUCAAUGGGGCUAAAGACCUGCGCUGGCUCUACCUGUCUGACAACUCCCUCACCAACCUCCUGCCUGGGGCCCUGGAGGAUGUAGAAAACCUCGCUGUCCUCCACCUGGACAAGAACCAGCUGAGCAGCUAUCCUGUGAGCGCAAUGAGUAAGCUGAGAGUGCUGGAGGAACUGAAGCUUUCUCAUAACCCCAUUGAGGUCAUCCCCGACAAUGCCUUCCAGUCCUUCGGGCGUUACCUGCAGACACUCAACCUGGACAACAUGAAACUGAAGAAGUUUGCAGACAACGCAUUCGCCGGUGUGACCAUGCUGAAGACCGCUCACCUGGAGAACAACCGGCUCACCCAGCUGCCCCGCAACUUCCCCUUCGACAAAAUGGAGACGCUGACGCUCUCCCGAAACGCCUGGCACUGCAACUGCCAGCUAGCACAUCUGCGCAAGUGGCUGAAGGGCAAUCGCACCCGUACCGAUGAGACCUGCUCUACGCCCGCGCAGUACCGGGGGCAAUCCAUCAGAGACACCCCGGCCCUCCGCACCUGCAAGCUCCCCACCAAGAGGUCCAAGAAGGGAAGCCGCCAUUAGACACGCCCUGGUAUGGCCUGUCCUGGUGACCGGUCACUUCAACCAUCAGAAAACUACUGACUUCUGAGUCCUUCCUUGAGCUUCUCCUACCUGUCAGGAAACAUUUCUGAUAUAUCCGACCACCUCCAGCCUCCUCCGAAUCCCCGCUUCUCUGCUGAUCGCAGGAUGGAAUCCACCUUUCCAAUCUUUUCCGACAUCUAUAUAUUUUAAAAGAGGCAUUUUUAAAAACUAAACUAUGCAUGACCAUACUAAGACAAGCUAACCUAGAUCCUGCCGGUAAAACACAGUCAUCUUUCCCAGAGGCAACAUAACCCACAUCCCCGAUCAACCAGUUGGUCGCUGUCUCUCCCUUUCCAGUGGAGUGGAAGCAAGCGGGAAGGUAGGAGCAUCCCUCCCCCAGCUGCUUGAUCAGGAAAAUUGGUCUCAACCCACGCAAAGAGACUCCUCUGCCUUCCCACGGAGGGGGUCCCUGCAGGCCAGGGCUGAGGGGAAUAGGUGAAGCAACGACCAAGAACCGGUGGCCCCGAGACCGAGCUGCCCUUUCACGCCAAAAGGCAGCAAUCUCUCUAGGUUGGCCAGAAAUCCUUUAAGUGAAGCAGUACUGAGAAACCCCAAAACUGGAGCCAUCUGAAGACUGGAUUCCCUCCCACUCUGUGGGGUCUACUAAGAUGCAUGUACAUCCGAGAGGAGAAGGUGUGCGCCGUGCAGCCUGGCUCGGGCACCCCUCCUGUUCUCUCUGCCCAUACUCCCGAGGAUCUAGCAGGACACCAGGAUGACUGUGGUUUAUUGUCACGGCUAUUACAAUACCACAGUUGCAACUUAACUGUGUUUUUUAAUCCUAAAGAGUUAUAUAAAUAUAUGUAUAUUUAUUCCUCUGUAACUGAGUGUAAAUGACCUUUAAGAGGAUGAAAGCUCCUCUGUCUCCUAUAUAGAAAUCAAAUUGUAUAUUUUCUUAUGUACAUCUUCUGUAUAAAGCUCUUGCUGCAAAGAUGAA